GCGACGGGGCGCAGAGUUCCCGCAGCGCCGGCACGAACGCGACGCAGCGCAGUGCCGCGCGUAGAGCGGGAGCGACCCGCGAGUGGACGGGCCCGGCGGCUGGGCCGGCGUCCCUGCUGCCCCGCUCGAUCCCCGCCGCCCCCAAUGAGCGCAGCCUCACGCGGCCCGGGUCCGUAGGCGGCGGGGCGCCCCCCAUGCUGCUGCAGCCCGCGCCGUGCGCCCCGAGCGCGGGCUUCCCGCGGCCCCCGGCCGCCCUCGGCGCCAUGCACGGCUCGCAGAAGGACACCACGUUCACCAAGAUCUUCGUGGGCGGCCUGCCCUACCACACCACCGACGCCUCGCUCAGGAAGUACUUCGAGGGCUUCGGGGACAUCGAGGAGGCAGUGGUCAUCACCGACCGCCAGACGGGGAAGUCCCGCGGCUACGGCUUCGUGACCAUGGCUGACCGGGCGGCGGCUGAGAGGGCUUGCAAAGACCCUAACCCCAACAUCGACGGCCGCAAGGCCAACGUGAACCUGGCCUAUCUGGGCGCCAAGCCGCGGAGCCUUCAGACGGGCUUUGCCAUCGGCGUGCAGCAGCUGCACCCCACCUUGAUCCAGCGGACUUACGGAAAAGGCCGCACCACAGAGACAUGGGAGCAUGAGCUCUGGAGCCUGUGGCCUGGGUUCAGAUCCCGGUUUCUCCUCGCUGGGUGCGUGACCUCCGCUCACGCAGCCACCAGUGCCUCAGUUUCCUCACCUGUGAUAUGGGAUGGUGACAGCACCUCUGAGUUCUGUGGGUGGAGGCCUGGCAUGGGCCCCAUGCAGGUUAGGCUGACCCCCCACUACAUCUACCCACAAGCCAUCGUCCAGCCCAGCGUGGUGAUCCCGGCGGCCCCAGUCCCGUCACUGUCCUCGCCCUACAUUGAGUACACACCGGCCAGCCCGGCCUACGCCCAGUACCCACCGGCCACCUACGACCAGUACCCGUAUGCCGCCUCGCCCGCCACAGCCGCCAGCUUUGUGAGCUAUGGCUACCCGGCCGCCGUGCCCCAGGCCCUCUCAGCCGCGGCCCCCGCGGGCGCUGCCUUCGUGCAGUACCAGCCUCAGCAGCUGCAGCCCGACAGGAUGCAGUGAGGGCCGUUUCUGCCCCUGCAACUGCGGCACCAUCACCACGCGCUGGGCGAGUGCCAGCUGAGCCCAGGGGUGCUCCCCGCACCUGUGCCUCGGGAGACCCUGCGGGACGCCGCCUGCAACCCGGGUGGCCCAGAGACCGCUUCUCUUUACACCCAGGACCGUCGCGCCUUGAGGGAGGACUUUGAGAGAAAAGAGUGACCGAGAGCCAUUUGAAGAUCAGCCUGAAUGUCGCGCACCCCUGGAGCCCAUGGGCGGUCCCCCCAGCAUCCUGUGGGGCCUUCUAGACCCUCCACAGACCCCAGCGGCCCUCUGGGGUGAGCAGAGACUUUGUCCCGCUCGGAGAGGCCUUGCUCCAGGGAAGCCCAGGAUCGCGACGUGUGUGGACUGUUGUUGCUCUGUCUGCACAGCUGUGAACCGUGCACGGGGGGGAUCACCGGCCCCCUGAAUUCCCAUUUUCUAAAUGCUGGCCCCGGGGCGCUCCCCCUCCCCCCGGCCCCCAGACACCCAGGUGCGGCAGGGCCACCAGUGACCAGCGACGGGGCAGCUGGCCGUGGUCCUUUACGUCGAAGCACUGCGACUUUUUUUUCUUAUCAUCAUUGUUUUGCUACUAAGAUGAUUCAGAAUUCCAGUCUAUUUUUUCAGCAGAGACUCUCACCACCAAGAAUCCAAAACCUGUUUUUGACUUUGAAAGACUCGCUUUUGUCGAUGGCUCUACACCCGAGGAGCCAGUGAUAGUAUUUCUGUGAUAAGGUGUCUGCUGGCCCGGGUGCCCAAGCCCCUCAGAGGGUGGGCGUCUCCAGACAGUAAGUUGUCUUAAGCUUGUCCCCCUCCCUGCGGCCAUGACGGGGCUGCGGGCCGAGGGGCUGGACCGCAGCGCCCUGGCUGGCAGGGUGGAGGCUCAGAGUGCCCCCCGCGGUGUCGCCUGCUGUGUUUGUACCAGCCCAAGCAGCUGCGGGAUUGAGCUGAGACACAUCUGCUUGCCUUGGGGGUUCGGGGACGGGGGAGGUGACAGUUCCCACAGCCCGCGAUGGGGCUCCUGGAGGGGGAGGGGAGAGUGAGAUGAGGGGACAGGCCCGAGGGGGUUGGGGCGUGCGGGCCGCUCCUGCAGACCUACCUCAGGGAAGUGGGGGGCCUCGGGGCUGCUGCAUGCGGGCAGGCGCUUCCCUGCACGCCAGGGCAGAGUCAAGGCCCGGAAAGCAAAGUAGCUCAGAUUCUGAUAAUAUUUUUAUUAGAAUGUUCUGAUUAUAAAAAUAAAACUUGUUUUCUUUAAAGAAAAA